AUGCUGUUGAAUCUAACUAACAGGAACACUGCGAGGGCGUUGACUAUUAUGAGGAGGAUGAAUCUAGCUUCAACGUCGUCUUCUUCGUCUCAGGUCGCCUCUCAACACCAUAGUUCAGAUCAUGGAUUCGUCUUCCUCCAAUCCCAACCAGAACUCUCUCUUUCCCACCAAACUCAGACCUUUGGAUCUCUUCGAAUCUCCGUCUCCGUCACGACGUCCGACAAUAUCUCAGGAACAAUGGCUCAGGCUACAGAUGAUUCUGUUGGAUCUUCCAAAGAGGUGAAUGAAUCAGGGAGACAAAAUGGCAAGGAAAGUUUGACUCACCCAAACGAUGGUACAAAUUCUCUCUGUGAGGAUGUUGGUCAUGCUGGGGCUGCAUCUGCUCAACACAGAAGGAAAUCGGGCAGGACCAUUGCUCUUCCACGUGGUCAACUGACUGCUGGGUCUACCAGUUAUAAAGGGAGCACUGCACCUGUUGCAGGAAGAAAAAACCAGAUGGUUAAUGGUAACCACUUACUGAACUUUAAUUAUGAUCCUAUUUCUCGUCCACAGCCAAGGGCACCUCCUCCAAGAAGACAGCUGAAGAGAAAGCCUUACAACAAAGAUUUGUUCCUUCAAGCAAAUUACAAAUUUGUUGUUUUAGAUUCAGGAGACUAUGCUCCUGAGUUGAUGGAUCCGGAUAAAAUGUUACAGUGGGAGGAUAUCAUAUGUGUGAGGUAUUCCACUCCAUUUGCUGUACAAUGUCCAAUAUGUCUAGAAUCUCCACUGUGUCCCCAGAUUACAUCUUGUGGUCAUAUCUUUUGUUUCCCAUGCAUUCUGCGGUACUUUCUGAUGGAUAAAGAUAAUCAUAAAGAUGAAUGCUGGAAGAAGUGCCCUUUAUGUUUCAUGAUGAUAUCGUCAAAGGAUUUGUACACCAUUUACGUCGAGAAUGUUAGGCAGCACUGUGUGGGUGAUCCUGUAGAGUUUAUGCUUCUAACCCGUCAAAAAGAUUCAUUCACAUUGUCUCUGAAAAAUAACCAAAGGAUAGAUGCAAAUGAGGAAGUCCAUGAUUCGUUUUCCAAGUUCACUUUUACAUCAGAUGUGGACUUGUCAGUUAGGGAAGCAAUGUCAGAUCUUGAUAGUUGGUUAGCCAGAGCAGAUUCAGGGCUUGUUGAUGACCUGGAGAAACUGCCAUAUAUCUGUGUUGCGAUGGAGCACCUGGAACAGAGGAAGAAGUAUUGGAAUGAGCACCAGAUUGCUAGCGGCAAUAAGGCUAGUAAAUAUAGUGAUUGUCAUACAAGUUCUUAUGGAUCUCCACCAACUGCAAAUGCUAUUAAUACUGAUCAAGGAGCAUGUGAGUUUGUAUGGGGAAGUCUAUCUACUAGUGCUGAUGAUAAAUCAAAGUGGUUGGAAAGCCCAGCUCCAGCUAAGAGAGAUGGAGAGCCUUCUUUGGAUCUAACUGCUGAUGUGGUUGAAUCCUUGGAAGACCAAGGUGGAUCUAUAUCGGCUUCAUAUUCUGGUAUGAAGAGUAUGAAGAGACACUCUAAUGGCUCUUGGCAUAGGAAGGACAAAGACUCAUACGACUUCUACCAGGCAGUUGAUGGUCAGCACCUCAUCCUUCAUCCAUUAAAUGUGAAGUGUCUUCUGCAGCACUAUGGGAGCUAUGACAGGCUUCCAUGCAGAAUCAAGGGAAAGAUUUUACAGUUGGAGACGGUGACACAAUCAGAGGCCAUGAGGAGGCGCUAUCGUCACCUUAGCCAUUUUUCUUUAACAACAACAUUUCAGCUAUGUGAAAUUGAUCUCACAGAGAUAUUGCCUCCUGAAGCGCUAUCCCCAUUUAUGGAUGAAAUUAAGAAUCGGGACAAGCAAAGGAAGCGACUUGCUAGGAAGGAACGGCAAGAGCAAAUUAAGGCUGAAGCUGGUGGUGCAGAUUUUGUGCCCAUACCAUUUAGCUUUGCACAGUCCUUUCAUGAUGACUCUCCUACUUUUUGCAUGGAUGACUUCGAAGCUUUGGGAAGUUCUACUGUCACGUCAUCAAGCCCUCCAACCGCUGGGAAUAGGCAACUGUUCUCUAGUGUUGCAAGGCUUGGUUUUGCGGCUGGGCAUGAUUCACCGGCUUUGAAAAAUGAGGAAGCUCAUUCUUUGCCUAAAACUGACAUGUUACGUGAUUCUACAGGUGUUACUGGAUUGAACGCAAGUACACCAUCAUUUGCCAAUAUAAUAUCCAGAGCAAAACCUGAAGAAGGCGUGGAGGUGUCCAAAAUGAAUGAUAGGGGGAAGAAAGGAAAGAAGCCGAGUCGAAUCCUCCUGUCAACAGCUGGUGGCCGGCGUUAUUGA